UCUUCACAGUCUUUGGAAAGUCUCUCUCAGCCUCCUCUAGGACACACUUUGCUCAACUCUAUAGAGCCUGAUUGCGUGAGCAAGUUUUCCGCGCCACGGCCGCAGCGGACAGAGCCACAGCGAGCGCGCAGCAUGGAGCCCUACACGGUCCCCGGAGCUCAGCUCUCCCUGUCCGACCUCUACUCCGUCAUCCCCUUCAAUGUCACCUUCCCGGACGAGCAGAGCGGCUUGUUGGGCGACGACCGGCUGCAGAACUACACGGAGCGGCAGAGCCCGGCGAGGAGCGCCGGGGGGAUGAUCAUAGCCAUAUCCAUCACGGCGCUCUACUCCGUCAUUUGCGUGGUGGGACUCCUGGGCAACAUCCUCGUCAUGUACGGGGUGGUCAGGUACACCAAGAUGAAGACGGCCACAAACAUCUACAUCUUCAACUUGGCUCUCGCCGAUGCCUUGGCCACCAGCACGCUGCCUUUCCAGAGUGCCAAAUACCUCAUGAACACCUGGCCGUUUGGGGAAGUCCUGUGCAAGCUCAUAAUUGCCAUUGAUUAUUACAACAUGUUCACAAGUAUCUUCACCCUCACCAUGAUGAGCGUGGACCGCUACAUCGCUGUGUGCCACCCCGUCAGGGCGCUGGAGUUUCGUACACCAGUCAAGGCCAAGCUGAUCAACGUGCUCAUCUGGGUGCUGUCGUCAGCAAUUGGGGUUCCCAUUAUCAUCAUGGCUGUGACUAAAGUGGCAGACAAUGGUAAAACCAUGUGCAUGCUGAAGUUCCCUGACCCAGAUUGGUAUUGGGACACAGUGACUAAGAUCUGCGUCUUCAUCUUUGCUUUUGUGGUUCCUGUAAUGGUCAUCACCAUCUGCUACGGCCUGAUGAUCCUUCGUCUGAAGAGCGUUCGUCUGCUUUCAGGCUCCAAAGAGAAAGACCGCAACAUGCGUCGCAUCACCCGCAUGGUGCUGGUGAUUGUGGCUGCCUUUAUCAUCUGCUGGACCCCCAUACACAUCUUCAUCAUUGUGAAGACCAUGGUGGAGAUAGACACCAGGAACCCCCUGGUCAUAGCCAGUUGGCACCUGUGCAUUGCUUUGGGCUACACCAACAGCAGCCUCAACCCUGUCCUCUACGCAUUUUUGGAUGAAAAUUUCAAGCGAUGCUUCAGAGAUUUCUGCCUCCCCUGUCGCACCCGUGUGGAGCAGAACAGUCUGAGCAGAGGCCGCAACACCACCCGGGAGCCUGUGUCCAUCUGUGCUCCAACAGAAGCACGGAAAAAGCCAGCAUGACUAGGCAUGGACUCGGUCCCCCAUAGCUCUCGCUCAAGGAGGAUCCAACAAGAUCUGCAAUCAGAGGAAACUCAGAUCUCCACAACAGAGUUUUGAAAUAUCUCGACAACAGAGUUUUGAAAUAUCUCCACAAGAAAAGCUAUUUAAAAGUAAAUAAAAGCAUCAAAAUACAGAACAGCUAAGAUAAGAUAGUGGAAAAUUUGUUUCACUCAGAUCUUUUUCUAUAAAAGUUCUGAUAACAAGUGGAAUCUUUCUUCACACAGGAAAUGUGAUGCAGUGACAGAAGAUGGAAAGUAAUAACCCGAAGAGUAAAUUGAUGAAACCAGGCUGCAGAAGAGAAAAUCUCCACCUCCAUGAUUUGUCUAUAUCUAUAAGUCCAUGCUUGGAGAUUGCAGGACAUUUUGAUGAUGAAAAACGAGACACAGGUUUCUGUCUUGUCAAGCAACGAAUGCAUCAGAAGAUACAACCCAUCAAAGAGCAUUGUACUGAACCAGACAGGCUCUGUCAAGAUGAAUCUUGUGCAACAGUAUAAAACAAUGGCCUUUUGAAGUCAGACCUUUUCAUUCCUUUUAAGAAACACUUGCCUGUACAUUCAAAGAAGCAAAUCAGAUUUUAGUGAGUACCUUGAAGGAAAGCAACACAUCAGAAAGAAAACUUUACAUCAACACAAAACAAACAAGCCUAAAAAGAUGA